AUGCAUUUCCGUGCUCUCCUCGUCUCUGCUCUGGCCACUCUGGCAAUGGCAGCACCUGCUCCAACUCUCGAAGCCCGCCAGAGCCUGAGCUCCAAUGAACUCGAGAAUGGCCCCUGCCGCGAUGUGACAUUCAUCUUUGCCAGAGGCUCAACUGAGCAAGGCAAUAUGGGAUUCAUCGUCGGGCCCCCAACCUGCACGGCGCUGAAACUCAAACUCGGCUCCGACAAGGUCGCAUGUCAGGGCGUGGGAGGCGCUUAUACCGCCAACCUGCUUCCGAACUUCCUGUCUCAGAACACCGAUCCCAAGUCCAUCGCCGCAGCCACAGAUAUGUUCCAGCUGGCCCGCACCAAGUGUCCUAACACGAAGAUCGUGACGGGAGGAUAUAGCCAAGGCUCCGCCGUCAUCGACAACUCUGUCAAGGCAUUGGAUGAUGAUCUCAAGUCCAGGGUUAAGGCAGCAGUUCUUUUCGGAUUCACUCGCAAUGUGGUCGACCGUGGCCAGAUCCCCAAUUAUCCCAAGGACCAGGUAAAGGUGUACUGUGCCGUGGGUGACAUGGUCUGCUACAAUACCUUGAUCAUCACUGCGGCCCAUCUGACAUACGGAAUCUAUGCCAAUGAUGCCGCCAACUUCCUGGUUUCCAAGCUCUAG